AUGUCUAAUUUUUUUGAUAACAUAAACCUUAGUGAAUUCGAAUCUUUGAUGAAUACGAAUAAUCUUCAAAGAUUAAAAUUUUAUACUCGUGAACUAUUUGUACGUCAGAAAAAUCUACAAAACGAAAAUACCAGAUUGAUUACAGCUUUAAACAUGAACGAAAAUAAGCUGGAAGAUCGAGAACUUGAAAUUCAACGUAAAGAAUCUUAUAUUAUUAAGCUUCAAACAGAUAUUAGUAAAUUGGAACAUAAGAUUCAAAAUGAUAUUAAUAUUUCAAAAACGGAAAUUAAAAAACUUCAAGGAGAUAUUAAUUUAUUAAAGAUGGAAAUAGAAAUGAAGAAUUCUUUGGUUGGAAAAAAACAGGAAGAUAAUGAUAAUUUGAAAAAAUAUAAUGUUUUUUUAAUGGAUCAGAUUAAAUAUUUACAAGGAAAUAAUAUUUUAGUUAAAAACGAAAUAAAAAGUGAAAAUGUUUUUGAAAAUUAUGAAGGUUCCUCGAAUGAAAUUAAUCAUUUUCUUACUGUCUUUAAUAAUUAUGAAAAAUUUGGAGAGUAUAAAUCUCAGGAACAUGAUUAA